CACGUAUACGCAUAUUGUGUUCCAAGCAUCUAGCGAGGUUCACCAUGCCAAGGAAGAACAACCCCGGAGAACAAGAGGGAGCGGACGAACUGAAGCACACGAAGAAGCUUAAGAAGUCGAAGAAAGCGAGGGAUCAAGAUCACAGAAAGAAGGCGCCGGUCUCCCCGGCAAGUCUACAAGAACCAUCUGAGAGAAAACAGGCGAUGACGGGGGAAACGGACUUGACAGCCGCCGUUAGUGCCCAGGGUUCAAAGCAUACAAACAGCGAGGCAUUACAGGAAGCUGACGUUGCUGAACCGAGUAAAGACACUAAGGCACCACUCAAUGCAGGUGCACCAAGUACAAACACCAUACCACAUGCGGAGCAGAAAGAUCAACUGCUACGACCGCUUGCCACGGAAGCUAGAAUACACAAGAAAGCAGCACGCAAGAGAGCAGAGGACGGUGAGAGGAACACAACUGAAGAAUCCAGCUACAUUCCGCCAAGUCCGCCCAAGAGAUUGUUUCCGGACAUUACAUGCCUUGCCCCGGAAGAGGCGAUGGAGGCCCUUCGAGACGACCAAGGGAGGUCCCAUUGGGUUGCGAGCAAAGAAAGCAACUUGACGGCUGAAGGAGUUCGUUUGGCGUCUGCCAUUGAUCGCUUAUCGAAAAAAUUAGAGGAGGACAAAGAGGCAGGAUUGGCGAAACAGAAAACCGCGCUCGGAAAAGAUUCCCCCCCAGUUGCUAAGGGGCCGGUGGAGAUGCCGAAGACGGAGAAAGAGCAUUUUCACUCACCGGUGUUGAGUCCAUUCAUCAAACUCCAUGCGAGGGUCUUCAAAGGAGACACGGGAGAGAACCUACAUCUGUCAGCUCGGGAACAAUUCACCGUUUGCGCGUCGAGCGUUAUCUUUCUCCUCCCUGUCGUCAUCGCCGUCGUGAUUAUCCUCAGGGUCAAAUACGUUCCUUCCACGGCGAUGGACUGCGGUAGCGGCGAGUGUUCCGCGGUCUUGCAAGACCUCAUGUCGCAGAUGGACCACAGCGUGGACCCCUGUUCUGACUUCUACAGCUACGUAUGCGGGAAAACUUACGAUAAUUCCAGCUUCAUCAAGCGCACUAUCAACGCUUUCAUUGAACAUCUUAAUUCUACCAUUAUGGAAUCUCCCAAAAUUGCUCCCUCUGACAACUACGGAAUGAACGUCAUGUUCAAAUUGUACAGGACGUGCUAUGAUUUCAUGACCGAUUCGAGCAUUACGUUCAGCCAAAUAACGAACAUCACCAGCAAGUUUCUGGACAUCGAUGUGGUUAUAGCGAGUAAAGAUAUCGCUGACCUCAUGCAGCAGCUUGUUCGUAUUUCUCUAUCGAAAGGGAUAUUUACCACCUUCAGCUUGCAGCUUCGAAAGAACGACACGCAUACGUACAUGUAUUUCGCAUCGGAAACAUCUAUACUGGAAAAGAUAACAGCAUUCAGCAAGUUAGACGACGACUUGGAGUCUUUCCUCUCUAAAGUCUUGGAAGGAACUCAAGGAAUCGACAACGUUACCACUUACGCUCGCAGCCUCGUAGAGCGCGACAAGAAAGUUCAUGACAUCUUAAAAACACCGUCUGAAUCAAAACAUCACUCUUUUGAAGAUCUUUCUCAGCUUCUAGCUUCAUCCCCUGCUGUUCUUCUCGGCUUGGUUAACAUGAUCCUUCUGCCAGAACGGCGAGUCCGUUCAGUCCACGAAACUGUGUACGCUAAGGGACUACAGCAGGCUUUCGCGAUACGUAGCUUAACUAUGAAGGGUGUCAUCUUGGAAUGGUCGCUGUACUACGCGGCACACCUCAUUGCCACCGUCCUUCGUUAUCGCGACGUAAGACCCACCUUACCGAUGACGACUGCUCGCGUUUGCCUUGGACUAACUCGCAACGUCUUAACUCAUACUUGGCCCUACCUCGUCAACAACGCAGUUGUGUCGCGCAAGACACCACAGAAAGUCUCCCAGAUUGGAAAUUACCUAAGAAUGACUAUACAUUCAGAAAGAAUGAACAGUUGGUUGGAUGACGGUACGCGAAGGACGAUGGAAACGACACUGAAUAAUUUUCGCAUCAUAAGCUAUCAAGAUGAAGACCUAAAACGACUCAGAGGCGUAAGCUAUGCAACAUACUCGCCCGUUGAAGACAAUUUCGUCACAUUUUACCUGGGCCUCAAGGCUUUCGAAGCAUUGAUCCUUCAACAUGCUCCGCCGUCUGAAGAAACUUUCGCGCUUAGUAUUCACCAGCUUACUUCGAACCUAACUUUUGAUGAGACACUGAACGCCAUCGUUAUUCCCGCCGCCUACCAGUCUGGAUUGAUGAUCUACGUCAGCGACGCCAUCCCGUUCUACUUCAAUUAUGCCACUUUGGGCGUGCGUAUGACGCGAGAGAUGAUAAAGGGAGUUGGCUUACCAGAAGCGUGGACUGUAGCUACCGGUAGGAAGAUCGCCGCAUUUGUAGAAUGCAUUAAGCGAGUGCGCAGUACACUGGGUUUGCACGCGGUGGAUUCCCAGCAAGAGUACCUCUGGAACGUGAGCGCCUUUGCGUGGACGUACGCUGUUCAUUUGUCCUACGGUGCCGUCAGACACCUGAUCAAAGAGCGAGGCGAAAGUAUCUUUCAUAGUAACUGGCCAACCGCGCAGACAAUCUUCUUCAUUCGUUACUGUAUGAUGUUCUGCGGGGAUUCACAACAAGCGGACGGAGUACUAAUUGCAAAGGAGCAGUGUCUGCUACCGCUACGAGCGAAUCCGGAAUUCAUACACCAUUACAACUGUGAAGAAAAGGAAUGGUAUAGACAAAUUUCCUGUAUAUCCUCAAUGUUUUCGUGAUAUUUAGUGCACGGCAUGUGUGUCCUCCAGCCAUGGGAACGUUUAUCUACUUUCUUAUGUAAAGGAUGAAUAAAUCGAUAGCUCGGGAG